UUCCUAAACACAGCACUGUCACUUGAGUAUCACCCAAGGCCGGGGCAGGGGAGAGGUGUGAGCCUGUUUGUUGGAUGUAACAACGACUGGGAGAGGACGUGCCGGAACAGAAAACACUCGAAAACCGAUUUGACAUGAGCAGGUUGCUCUGACAUGGACAAAGAGAUGAUUCCCAAAUUUUCAACAAAAGACGAGGAGGUUGAUUACUGGAAGUCCCAAGCUCUCAAAUAUAAGAAAAGUUGCCAGGAUGCACAAGAGGAGCUGCAGGAGUUCCAGGAGGGGAGCCGGGAGCUGGAGGCAGAGUUGGAGGCACAGCUCGGCCAGGCUGAACAUCGCCUUCGAGACCUCCAAAGUGAAAAUGAAAGACUAAAGAAUGAGGUGGCAAACCUGAAGGAGAAGCUGGAGCAGCAAUAUUCACAGAGUUAUAAGCAGAUUUCUAUGCUAGAAGAUGACCUAGGCCAGACACGCAGCAUCAAGGAGCAGCUCCACAAAUAUGUCCGAGAGCUUGAGCAGGCCAAUGAUGACCUGGAGAGAGCCAAAAGGGCAACAAUAGUGUCUCUUGAGGACUUUGAGGGACGUUUAAACCAGGCCAUAGAGAGAAACGCCUUCCUGGAGAGUGAGCUGGAUGAGAAGGAGUCUCUCCUAGUGUCUGUACAGCGGCUGAAAGAUGAAGCCAGAGACCUGAGACAGGAGCUGGCAGUAAGGGAGCGGACUACAGACAGGAUGUCAGCACCCAGCUCGCCUACUUUAGACAUUGACAAGAUGGAUUCUGCUGUACAGGCGUCUUUAUCUCUCCCAGCUACACCUGUAGGAAAGAAUAUAGAGCACCCUUUUAUCACCUCAAAAGCAUUGACCAAUGGUUGUGGAAACUCAUCCCUCACUCCUUCUGCUAGAAUCUCAGCUCUUAAUAUUGUUGGUGACCUCCUGAGGAAAGUUGGGGCUUUGGAAUCAAAACUCGCCGCCUGUAGAAACUUUGCCAAAGACCAGGCAGCAAGAAAAAAUUACACCAAAGACAACGGCACACUCAUCAACAGCAAUGCCACCAAGUUCUCGCACUCUCUACAUACGACUUACUUUGACAAAACAACUGUUAAUGGAUUGGACCCCAGCUCGUUGACCUCCAUUGCAGCAUCCAGAGCUGUGCCCCCGCCAGGCAUGCUGCCUUUGAGUGUAUGAGGCGUCCCCAAAACCACACUAACCUCCACCAAAUAUAACAUGGGAACAGAGAGGGCACUUGAAAGACCAUUACAUUGUGUGCUAAGCUUGUAUGUGUGCAUAUGAGAGAGAACAAGAGUUUGAAAGAGAGACUGGUGUGUGUGUGUGUGUGUGUGUGUGUGUGUGUUUGCCUGUUUGAGAUUGUGCACUUUUGACUGUGAUGUGUGAAAGAGAGGUUUGACUUUAACACGGCCUUGCCUCCAGGUUGCAGCUCUAAACGCAUCUGUGAGUAGGUGCACAGAGGUGUGGGCAUAUGUUCCUACCACAUACUUGCAUGUGCCUAAAAGCUGUGCUUUACCGUGCUUGUAUGAAUGUCACUGCAAAUGCAAUGCUCUCUAGAUGUCAACUCUUAAUUAACUUGUUUAUAUUCUAAAGCUCUAUUCACAUGGGAUUAGUAUUACCAGGGGACCUUUGAUUAUUUGGGUAUAACCUCAACGCCAGUAUCCGUUUUGGAUAAGUGAAAGUUGUAGUUUACUCAAAUUUACUUACAUUUCUGACUGAGACAAUAUGUGGUCAUGCUUUGGUUAUCUGCCAAACAUUUUUUUUAAUCUGUAGCCAAUUGUCCACACCUAAUAAUCUCCUCUCUUGUGUCUGUUGCCUGUAGAUUUACAUCUGUAGGUGAUUGGUGGGGAAGAGAAAGAGAGAAAAACAGCAUAGUUACGUCCCUCCUCUUAUGUUAAAUACCAGCCUUUUCUGCCAUUGUUUUAAUAAUUUCUGGAGUUCAUGUCAUCAGUGAUAAGCAUUAGAAACAGUCCUCGUUGGCACGUGGAUCAGAUGCUAUGGUCACAGAAUAUUAAAUGGCAUAUUUGAAUAAGCUGUGAUAUUUGUAGGGAUGCAUGAUAUUUAAAUUUUGGCAGAUAUCCGACAUUUAGAGAUCUCUUUUAAAACAGAUAUAAAUAUUUAAAUGUGUAUUUUAGACCUAAGACUUAAGUCCUAAAAACAUUAAAGCUCAAGUGUGGGGAAAAAACAAAUAAACUUCAGAUUCUAAAGACACUACAGUUAAGGAAUGAGGAUGCACAAAUAAAAAAGACCAGCUGACAUCGGUCUGUUGUCCUCAAACUCUAUAAACUUUGUAGAUAGUAGUAGUUGUACAGCAGAGAUAGGCUGACAUUCACAGCCAGUAAACUGGAUGUAAAUAUCAGUGUUAUGUUGUUAACAAAUCUGCCGAUACUGAUUAAAAACUUUAUAGGCUAAUAUCUGCUGAUACAAUUGAUUAUGCCAAUAAUAUUGAGCAGUUCUAGUUAUAAUGUUAAGCUAAAGAAACUGACAAAAGAUAAGGCUCAGGUAAAGAGACGUUAUUACAGCGGAGGAAAGCAUUGUAAAGCAUCAGUACUUUCCAUGUGCAGCACAUCCUCUGUUAUUUAUUGAACAAUAAAAAGAUAGAGAAAAAGUCGCACAAAGUGUCAAAAACAAAUCUACCAAGCCAAAUGCUGAUUUACACUGGAUUAGUAUCACUUCAUGACCUCUGCAUGUGCUGAAACAUUGUCUGUAAUUUGCCCUGUGAUUUUUAAUGACUUCCUACACAUAUUAUCUUAAGCCCCCAGGUAAUAAUAAUCCCACGUGAACAGGACUUUAGGCCCACUGUCCUUUUAAAAACUACUAUUCUGACAAAAGGUCUUUCUAGACCACAGCUUCCUCCUCAACCUUCUUUUCCUCCUUUUUCUUUUUUAAUUGCACAGCUAAAGCUAUUCUAAUUCAGAAUGUAUUAUAUUUAAAAAGGGAUGUGUUAAUAUUAACUAAUUUAUCUUUCACAGUAUGCUUUUAAAUGCAAUAUUUCUUAAUUGCUUUUUUCUUGCAUGUGUGCAUAUGUCAUGUGGGGUUGGAAAGGUAAAGUCGGAGCCCAUAUUUUUGACUGAAGUGAAUGUUGAUCGUUCAAAGCCAUGUAGCCAUAGAGCAGUUGUUCCUCUUGUUACCGGCUACUUGCUUUUUUUAUUCAUUUGAAAGUAGCCUUUUUUGUUGAAGCAGAUAUCAGCUGGUUCUGUCCUCUGGGUUAAACCUGCACUUAAACAAACUGAUCCCACAGGUUUUGCUGCAGGCGUGUAUUUUUCGUCUGUGAUCAUCUGUUAAUAUUUUGGGAACAGUUUUGCCUUUUUUAGUUGUUUAAUAUAUUAUUUUUUAAUCUUGUGACUGGAUCAGUUACCUCAUUCUGUUGUAUUGCAAAUAUUCAUGGUGAAUUUUCAAUAUUAGCAGGUAAACCUAGCUUUAUCACAAGGAUACUCAUUCAAACAGAACUCCAAGAUGCUUUACCCUUAAUCUAGUGAACAUGAAUUAUUGGUCCACUGUGGCCUUAAUGUCAAACAGUGCAUUGGCUAAACAUCUGUUUGUGUGUGAAACUAGUGAUAAUUUAAUAUUUUUAACAGGUUGUAUCUAAGGAAUGCACCCACAUUACACCACAAAACAUAUAUCUUUGCCCUCAAAAGCUCCCCUUUCACAGAUAUGUGUGUCAUUUUCUUAAAGCAUAAUUUGACUUCUUUAGUAUUCAGUGUUAUUUGACAGUGUAAGAUGUCAUUUUUGGCACUAAGAGCCUGUUACAAAAGCUUGUUCUACAGCAAGUGUACAUAGCCUGUAAGGAUGGUCAUUUGUACAUACUGAAAUUUGGCAUUAAGGUCCUAUUUAUUUCAGAUUCUGUAUGGCAUGUUCAGAUAAUAAAUGGUUCAAGCCAUUGUAUUAUGAUAUCAAAAUGUUUGUCAAAAUUGUUUAAGUAAAUAAAGUUUGAGAUGACUAAUA